AUGUACGGCUCUAUAGAAGGCGACGGGAGGAAAACCCCGAGCGAGUGGGAGGCGGAGUGGCUCACGCUGGGUCAGCUCAGGUCAUUGCAGCUGCUUGAUGUCUCCAGAAGGACGCCAGCAUACAGCCAGUGGAAGGGCUCAGAUGAGGGCCGUGAGCAUGGCCUGAGGUGCUCUGAAGAAAUGAUGCUAGUUUACGUGACCCAUGGCAGCUACGGCGGAAGCCUGACCAUGCCUCCUUUGCUCCUUCAUCCCGUGGGCUCAGAACUGUGGAAAAGUGCUUCCGGCCCACAUCCGGCUCACCGGUCUAGGGGGCGACUGCAGCAUCGUUCCCCCAGAUCUCCAGGCCUCCUCCUGCGCUUCCAGCAACAGCAGGCAAUAGCAUGGCAGCCCUCAGAAUCAGCCGGGACCUCGGGCGGCAGCUUCCUCUCACCCUCAUCUCCUUCAUCUUUCCAGCCGUCAACUUCCUCAACCCGAGGGAACCAGGGGCACGUGGUACAAGCUCAGAGCAGCCAAGACCCCGGGGAGAGGCCAAGUUCCCCAAAACGCGGAGAGAGGAAGCCCCAGAAACCCGGCAAGUAUGUGUGCUCCUACUGCGGCCGACCAUGUGCCAAACCCAGCGUCCUCCAGAAGCACAUCCGCUCCCACACAGGAGAGCGGCCUUACCCCUGCGACCCCUGCGGCUUCUCCUUCAAGACCAAAAGCAAUCUGUACAAGCACCGCAAGUCCCACGCCCACCGUAUCAAAGCCGGCCUGAUGUCGUGUCGCGAGGAGCUCAGUCGGACACUGGAGGGAGUGGGAGAAGAACAUGAGGAGCCCACUGAAGGAGACAGCACCGAGUCUGAAGAGGAGACGGGCAACAGGAAAACAAAGGACCCAUCCCAUCAGAGGAAAGAGGAGAGCCAAAGAGUGGAGGAUUCACAUGCCAUCAAACAGAGGCUGGCUCUCAGACUGAGCGAGCGCAAGCGGGGUCUCAAGACUUCCUCAGACGACCUGCCAUCUUCCUCCCUCUCCACAUCCUCGUCUUCUUUAGGGCCCGGUAGCAAAGGCAGUACAGAAUCUGGCUACUUCUCUGGGUCAGGGUCAGGAAGCACUGACCUGUCACAAAUGAGCCCUCCUACUGCCAGUGCCAAAUCCUAUGCCGAGAUAAUUUUAGGGAAAUAUGGGAGAUUAGGUGGCCAGCAGCGAGGUGGUCAUCAGCAACAGCCUCAGUCUUUGGCUGCGGCUGAAGAGAAAAGCAUUACCUUCACUGUUCCAAAAACACAAGUUAUUGAUCACAUCACCAAACUCAUUACGAUUAAUGAAGCAGUGGUCGAUACAAGUGAAAUCGACAGCGUCAAACCUCGGCGCUCAUCACUUUCCCGUAAAAGCAGCACAGAGUCACCCAAAACCAGCUCUUCUAAAGACCCCUACACAUUCGACCCUAAAUCUGAAAGCCUGGAACCGGUUUCCUCUGUGCCUCUGCUUAGAAGUCACUCACUGCCAUCCUCCAGCACCCAAGAGGUCACCUCAUCCUCCCCCAGACCAAUGUCUCCCGGAACAUUCCGUCUUUGCCAAUCGUUCGACGAGCAACAAGCAGCAGCUGCAGAAAUGAGAGUUGGUCAUGUCCAGCGCAUGCUAAGACGUCAACCAGCCAUAGAAGUACCGCUAGGAUCUGAAGUGUUAGAAGAUCACAGUGAAGGCUGUGACUCCCACGUGAGUUUGUGUUCUGCGCAUAAGUUGCAGCCAGAGCCAGAGGUUGAAGACAAGCUUCCAUCCGAUCCCCAAGUCAUGAUGCAGUACAAGUUACCAGCACUGACAGUGACUGUAAGAAAGAGGAGGAAAGAGGAGAGUCUAGAGGAAGAUCCAUCCAGCCCCACAACUCGCACUGCAGCUGAAGAGGGCAGCAAUUCUCAAUCAGGUGUUCAAUCAGAGCCAAUACAGCAGCAGCAGGACAGACAGGGUGUUUCAGUCAUUCAGCACACCAGCUCAUUUGAGAAGCAGGAGAGCAUGUCCAUGGAGAGCCACGAGUCUGACGUCAGAGAGACUGAGCCAGAGCCAAAACCGUCGCCUUCCACCAGCCGCCUCAUCCGCCAGCCCAACAUCCAAGUGCCAGAGAUCCUUGUCACACUGGAGCCUGACACCGACAUGCCUCCAGUGUCCCCGACAGUGACAGUGCCCUUACCUAAGGAGGUGGAGCGAGUGGAGGAGUUCCAGUGGCCUCAAAGAAGCCAGAGUUUAGCUCAGCUUCCUGCAGAGAAGUUGCCACCCAAGAAAAAGAGACUGCGUUUGGCUGAAGCCGCACAAUCCUCAGGGGAGUCCAGCUUUGAGUCCAUGUCUGUGUCUCGAAGCCCCAGUCAGGAGAGCAAUCUCUCCCUCUCCUCCAGUGUCUCCGUGUCACUGGACGAGUCAAUCCGACCAGAGGCAGUUGUCUGGGCCGCUGGCAGCCAAAGCUCCCAGAUGUUAAUGGUGCCAUCCGCCUCCCAUCAGUUCCACCAGAGCCACAAGGAGAUGAGACGCUCUGCAUCUGAGCAGACGACCACCACUCACCAACAGCCUCAGCAGAUACCAGAAAAUAGGAGCAAGUCUUUUGACUAUGGCUCUUUAUCUUCUCAACAGCCAACGACCUCCUGGAAGGAGCGUCGCAAAUGUCUUCUGGUGAAACAUGCCACAUUAGGAGACCCAGAGGAGGAGCACAGAGCAGACAGUCCACGACCUGGGCCGUCACAUGUAAUCCACCACCCUCUUUUACCCACUGAAGAAUGGCUCUCUCAGGAAGAAUCACGACAAGCGGACCCAUUGUCUUUGAUUCCCAGAGAUCAACAGACAUCUGCUGGAUCUCUCAGUAAUGUGUACCCUGUCCCCACUGAAGUCCUUCAGCGAGCCUUCUAUGAUCUACACGGAACUCCGUUUGAGACACCGCUUCACGAUAUACUCCCAUUGCAGUUCUCCAGUCACUGUCCAUCGCUGUAUUCCCCUUUUUCCUCUAGGCCUUUGCCUCAUGCAUGCACUCCACCUAUCAUAUCUGCUCCAUAUCACAACAUGCGGCCCAUUAUUGCCACAUGUCUGGCUCAGUUGACACCGGCCGUUUCUUUAGUUGUCCCGGUGCGACUGGAGACUCACAUACCAACAUAUGCUAGUGCCAUGUACACAACUCUCUCCCGAAUCCUGGCCUCUGCACUCUCCCCUGAGCCUAUCUGCACCACUAUGGUCGUUAUGAGCCAGCUGGACCAAAGCAAGUCUUACCUUACAGUUCCCGCUCUCAAAAUGAAAACUCCCAUUUCUCUGAUGCCCUCUUUAGCUUCAAUUGACGAUGAGGCUUGGGGUCCCCUGGGGGUCGGAGGAAGUAAACGCAUGCUUUCACCAGCAGCCAGUCUGGAGCUGAGCACAGAGGCCCAGAGACAGCAGAAAAGGGUGAAAGAGGAGGAGGAGGGCGAGCAGGGUAGCACAGCAGUGCGGACCAGACAGGAAAGAGAUAGUGUUCCAGAAGAAGAGGAUACUAGGACCAGGCUGAGCCAUGAAAAGAACCAACAACAAAAUACAGGAGACAAAAGCCUGAAGGAGGUGAAGAAGCAAGAGGAAACUCCGCCAACCCAAAACACAGAGGUUAUUAAAAAGAAGGAAGUGGUCCGGUCAGUCUCGCCAUCUUAUCCCAGUCUACACACCUCCACGUCAGUGAAUUGGUGCUACCUAAACUACACCAAGCCAACCCCAUCUACACAGAGGGACCCCCAGACAUCAGUAUACACAUCUUGGAGCGUGAGUCCCCAUAAUCCAAACCUCCCUGGCUUUAACACCAAGACGGCCAUGUCGCUGCUAUGCUCCAAACAACGGCACAGCGUGGAGACCUAUACCAUGGCCACAGCGAGUCGACCCAAAGAGGGGAGGGAGCUCCAAGAGACACAGGUGCAGAUAACUCCACCCCCUGACAGCCCAGCAGUUCCAGCUCUUUCAGAGGAGGUGCUGGAACAUGAACAGAACACCCAGAAAACAAAACGACACGAAGACGCCACAACAUCUAGGUCCAGAGAGUCCUCCUGUGUUCGCAGUAUUGAAGGCGGGUUCCGCCCCAGCGACAACUAUGUGUACGUGCGCGGCCGUGGUCGAGGCAGGUUCAUGUGCGCAGAGUGUGGGAUCCGCUGUAAGAAGCCCAGCAUGCUGAAGAAACACAUCCGCACACAUUCAGACCUGCGGCCCUACAUCUGCAAGUACUGCAACUUCGCCUUCAAGACCAAAGGGAACCUCACCAAACACAUGAAGUCCAAGGCUCAUGGGAAAAAGUGUCAGUCCGUGGGAGUGCAUGAGUCAUCGCUGGACGAGGAGAGCGAGGAAACGGGGGGCAGCGAGGAGCCGGCACCAGACGAGGAGCACCAGUUUUCAGACGUGGACGAUUCUGAGGACGACGAAGAUGAAGACGAGGAGUCCACCGCACACGACGACACACCUUCCUCUUGUUCAUCGGACACACAGCCCACCACUUGCUCCCAGGGAACCCCAGACCGCGAGCUCCCAGGCCCCAGUGUGAGUCAAGGCACCCCAGACCGAGAGCUCACCGGCCCCAGUGUGAGUCAGCCCCCAUCUCCGCGGGGACGCUGGUCUCUGGGUCGACGCGCUUCUUCUCCUGGCAGCAGGAGGGCGCUUUUCUCUCGUCAGGGCAUCAGAGCUGCCAGAGCAUUGUCCCAAAGCAGUGAGAGCUGUUCCCCCAGCCGCAGCCUGUCCCCCCGCCUGGAGUUGUCCCCCGUGCUGCUCAGUCUCUCUCCCCGAACUGAGCUAUCGUCCCCUGAGCGAGGAGAGUCUCCAAUCAGGCCCAUGUCCCCUCAGGUUUCGGGGCUCCAUCGGUCGCCGCGGGUUCCCACUCCUCCAUCUCCGCUCCGUCUGCCUCGGAGGGUCCCUGGAGCACUGCCCUGGGAAAGUCCUGCUGGAGGAGGGGCGCAGGGCAAAGAGGAUAAAUGCGGCAUUGCGGGGGAAGCAGACAGCAGCUCAUCUGUGGCCUUCCUCCGCCUCUCUCCGUGCGAGCUCUACCCCCCUUCGCAAUCCGUGGACCCCCUCUUCAGCCACUUGCCUCUGCACUCCCAGCACACACGCCUGCCCUGUGUCAUGAUUCCCAUCGGAGGCAUCCAGAUGGUGCAGGCCAGACCACGAGCCCGCACCUCCACCGGCACCCCGUCGUCCCCCACCUCCCCUCCCGUGGAAGGCUGCUCACGGCUCAGCUUUGACUCGCCAUACUGGGGGGGCAUGGGGGCGGCCAGAACUUCGGGGUUCAGGGCGUCUUCAGGCCGGUCCUUUGAGCAAACUCACGGAGAGAGGACCGAGCCGAAGCGAUACGCUGUCCGGACUCAAGCCGCGUCUGUAGCCGAAUGCUCACAAGGGCGCAGUGAGGAGCCUUCACCAGGGGGCGUUGUAGAGAAAGGAGCAGAGCACUCAGACCACAGCACUUAA